GAAGCAGCCCAGUCCCAACCCACACACGGACCCCCAACUUACGGCAGUCCACGUUGCCCACAGCUCUGGCCUGAUACUCACCUUCUGCCGUGGCCAUGCCUCAGUCGCUGGCUCUGAACCUCCUUGUUCUGCUCCUGGCCCUCUGCAGUCCUGGGACUCAAGGCAGUGAUGGAGGGGCGCAGGACUGUUGCCUCAAGUACAGCCAGAAGAAGAUUCCCACCAAUGUUGUCCGAGGCUACCGCAAGCAGGAGCCAAGCAUGGGCUGCCCCAUGUCAGCCAUCCUGUUCUCACCCAAGAAGCGCUCUCAGCCAGAGCUGUGUGCAGACCCCAAGAAGACCUGGGUGCAGCAGCUGAUGCAGCAUCUGGACAAGCCACCAGCCCCAUGCCCAGUCCAGGGUCGUGGAAAGGACAAGAGAGCUCCCAAGCCUGGCAAGAAGAGAAAGGGCUCCAAAGGCUGCAAGAGGACUGAGCAGCCCACAGAGCCCAGAGAGGCCACGGCCCAGUAACCAGCCUGGAGCCCAGGAGGUCCCCAUCAUCCUCAUCAGGGCUUGGAGCCCCAACCCAAGGGGCAAGAAGGGGGCUGGGAGAGAGGGAGGACUCAGGAAGCCCCAGAGCAGCCACCAUGCUGGCUUUGCCACACCCCAUCUCCUGCUUCGGCCAUCCCAUCUAUGUUCCCAGCUCUACCCUGCAUGACUAAGUUGCCCACAUCAGGCCAGAACCAGGGCAGGAGUGGGGGGUGGAGGGGUAGGUCUCCUAAGGAGUGUGUGAGAGGAGGCAGCAGGACUGUCCCUUCCAAGGAGAAGUCACCCAGGACUCUGGAUCUGAACCUGCUCCCCAGUGCACCCCACUUCUUCCUUGUAAAUAUGAUUUAUGCCUAACUGAAUAAAAAGCUGCUCCAGUCUCCCACCCAA